AUGUCGAAUAUGCUCAAUCAGACCACUAUUCCAGACAGGCCCAUGGCGGCUCAAAGCCAAGGUGACCCUACCAUGGCAAGCAAUGACGCAGGAAGACUCGACGUGCCAGCUCCGCAAGCUGACAGUAAACGGGUUUUUACCUUGUCCAAUGGCUGCCCGAUCCGGGAUCCGUUAUUAGGUGAGCAAGUUGAGAAGUCAGGCCGAAACCGAUAUGCCUCGCAGCUCAUACAGGAUCUCAAUAUGUUCGAUACGCUUUCCCAUGUCACUCGAGAGCGGAUUCCGGAGAGAUAUGUCCACGCAAAAGGAGUGGGCGCCUUUGGCGAAUUCGAGCUUACUAACUCUGAUGUUCAGAAGUACACCGAUGCCAAGUUUCUCCAACAGACUGGCGUCAAUAAGAAGACUCGUCUCUUCGCUCGCUUCUCUACAGUCGCUGGGGAGCGAGGCUACCCAGAUACAGUCAGAGAUACGAAAGGGGCGGCCUUCAAGCUCUACACUGAAGAGGGAAACCUAGACUGGGCAUUCUUGAACCCGGAUAUCUUUUUGAUCAGAGACCCUGUCAAGUUUCCUAGUAUGGUCCAUGCUACGAAGCGCGAUCCGGCAACCAACUUGCCUGAUCCAAACAUGUUCUGGGACUACUUCAACAACCAUCCCGAAGGUUACAACGCCUUGAUGAGGAUCUUCAGUGACGAAGGGACUCCCAAGUCGUAUUCAAGAAUGAAGAUCAACAGUGUCAAUACCUACACCUUUACCAAAAAGAAUCCGGACACCAACACUUGGCAGUCAACCUUUGUGAGGCUAAGGCUUGUCCCAGAUCCUGAGCCUAAUCAGGAUGAGGACUAUUUCUCACUCGAUGAGGCGAUUACCAUGGCUGGCAAAGAUCCAGAUUAUCUGACGCGAAGACUGUAUGAUGAAAUUAACUCAAUGAAAAAGCCUACCUGGAAUGUUUAUGCACAGAUCAUCGACCCAACAAAGCAAGAUGAUAAUUAUUACAACAUCUUCGAUGCUACGAAAGUCGUUCCUGACUCUCAGUGCAUUGAGGUGAUCAAAAUUGGAAAGAUCACAUUGACUGAGAAUCCCCAAAACUUUUUCACCCAAGUCGAACAAGCAGGGUUCAACCCUGCAAAUGUGGUACCAGGCUGGGACGUCUCUCCAGAUCCAGUGCUCCAAAUCCGCCUAUUUAUGUAUGGUGAUACUCAGAGAUAUCGCCUUGGUGUUAACAAUGAUCAACUUCCCACCAAUAAACCUGCCGAUAACAUUAAUGUCUGGACGCCGACUAGACGCGACGGAGCGCAUAACAUUCAAAACUACGGCAAUGCGCGAAACUAUAUCCGGAAGGAUGAGAGCCAAGAGCCAGAGUACUAUAACGCCAGCUACUUGAACUGGGAAGGCCGGGUGGUCAGGUUCAAGAGCCAAGUUGGCGACCAGGACUGGCGACAGUGCGCGGAUCAUUGGAUAGAGCUAAGUAAUAUGCAGAAGAACCAUUUCAUCACGAAUGUCGCCAGUUCGCUAUCAACAGCCUCUGUCGUGGUGCAGGAUCAAACCAUAGAGAUUUUCAAGAAGAUUUGGGAGAUUGCUGACCCAGGACAUGCCGCUAUGUUGGUCGAUAUGCUCAAGCAGGCUCUUAGACGUCUGCACAAACAGAAUGCUGCACACCAAGACAAGCCCGGCGUUAUUGCAGGCGGAGAAGAUGGUCAUGUGAUCAACUAUAUCCCUCCGCCGGUUCCUAACCCGGCGGCUGGCUCCCAAGAGGUGUACAAAAGUCUCUGA